CAAGUCCCAAUAAUACAUCACUUGCCUUUUACCCUUUAAUAAUACUAAUACAAUACCUCUCUAACAAACUAUUAUUAAUAUCUAAUUCCCAGCUUUUACUCUUUUAUCAUUUUGAUUUUGAUUCCUAUUCCUGAGUCCAACACAAACAACAUCCAUGGCUGCCAGCACUUCCAUUCUACCAAUGGCGUCCACCGAUUCUCCGCCCAAACUGGAAGAGAAGCUCUUCAAAGGAUCCGCUAUGACUAAGCGCGGUGCAUAUGCUGCCUUCUCUUAUAUGACUUGUGCUGUGCUCUUGGUAAUGUUUAAUAAAGCAGCUCUUUCUUCAUACAGCUUCCCAUGUGCGAAUGUCAUCACACUUUGUCAGAUGAUAUGUUCAUGCUGUUUUCUUUAUGUUCUACGACGUUCAAAGCUCAUUUCUUUUAGUGCUAAUGAGUCCAUAGCAGUUGCUGAAAGUUACAAAACAUUGGUACCCUUAAAGACAUUGAUUCACACUUCUCCUCUUGCUUUAACUUAUUUGCUUUAUAUGCUAGUCACUAUGGAGUCUGUUCGAGGUGUAAAUGUUCCUAUGUAUACAACCUUGCGGAGAACUACAGUUGUAUUUACAAUGAUUGUUGAGUACAUCCUUGUGAGGCAGAGGUAUACACGUCCUAUUCUUGGAAGUGUGGCAUUAAUAGUGCUGGGUGCUUUUAUUGCUGGAGCCCGGGACUUGUCAUUUGAUACUUAUGGCUAUCUAGUUGUUUUUCUGGCCAACAUCACCACUGCGAUAUACCUGGCAACCAUAGCCCGCAUUGGGAAAACCAGUGGGCUCAAUAGCUUUGGCCUCAUGUGGUGCAAUGGAAUUUUAUGCGGACCAGUUUUACUGCUGUGGACCCUUUUACGGGGUGACCUGGAGAUGACAAUGAAUUUUCCAUAUUUGCUUUCUCCUGGUUUCCUGGUGGUGUUGGCUUUAUCAUGUAUACUGGCCUUCUUCCUGAAUUAUAGUAUAUUUCUCAACACAACUCUGAAUUCUGCACUCACACAGACAAUCUGUGGUAACUUGAAGGACCUUUUCACAAUUUCACUUGGGUGGGUAAUUUUUGGAGGCCUGCCGUUUGAUUUAUUGAAUGUGAUUGGGCAACUUCUGGGCUUUAUUGGGUCAGGCAUGUACGCGUAUUAUAAGCUGAUUGGUAAAUGAUGACAGCUUCAACUUAUAUGUGAGUUAUCACCUCUGAUGGAUAUUUAUAUCCUAUAUUUGAAAAAGAUUGUGAUGGAGGAAGCUUCUCUGAAUUGUGAGGAAGACGAGCAGUUGUGUGUGGCGAUGAGGACUCCAUUAAAGGUAUUGGCCUUGAGAGUCAGAAUAACAUUGUGGACAGCUGCAUGUUGGAUUUUUGUUGAGGAGAACAUACAUUUAUUUGAGGUACUCCAGAAGCAGAUGAUGAUAUGAGGAGUGCAUGUAACCAGAAUUUUGUGCAGGGAAAAGCUCUAACCUUACUGCCGCCUUUAACGGCUUCGUGUCAGAGUCGUUGAUUUUUAUUUUCAGUGAGAGGAAGGAAUGAGUAAUAAGUUGGUUCUUUUCUA